AUGGCCGAGGCGGCUCUUUAUGGGAGUCUCUGUAGGGCGGAGUUAACGCUGGAUUUUUUGCAUGCAAACUCCACAACACACGACUUCGUUUUUGGAGCAAUAGCUGAAUUGAUUGACAAUUCACGAGAUGCUGGUGCCACAAGACUUGACAUUUAUACUGUGAAAAAUGAUAACCUGCGGGGAGGAUUUAUCCUGUGCUUUCUAGAUGAUGGAUGUGGCAUGUCCCCUUAUGAAGCUACAGAUAUUGUAUAUUUUGGAAGAUCUUCUAAGAGAAAAGACCCUAAAAUGAUUGGACGUUAUGGCAAUGGACUGAAAUCAGGAUCAAUGCGUAUAGGGAAUGACUUGAUAUUAUUUACCAAAAAAGAGAAUACAAUGACGUGUCUUCUUUUCUCUCAGACGUUCUGUGAAACAGAAGGUCUCAGUGAGGUCAUAGUGCCAAUUCUUUCAUGGUCAAGUGACACAAAGACUCCAGUAAUAGAUGAUCCUGAGAAAUUUCCUACACAAUUGUCCAUAAUUUGCAAAUAUUCUCCUUUUAAUAAUGAAGAUGAAUUGAUGAAGCAGUUUAAUGCCAUUUAUGGAAAAACAGGAACUCUGCUUGUGAUAUACAAUCUGAAACUCGCAUUGAAUGGGGAGCCAGAACUAGAUAUUCUAACAGAUGAGAAGGAUAUAUUGACUGAUAGGAUCCCAGAGAACUAUCCAGAAGAAAAAUCACUAAGAUCUUAUACAGCUAUAUUGUAUCUCAAUCCACGAAUGAGGAUAUUCAUUCAAGCUGAGAAAGUCAAAACCAAGCAUUUGCUUUUCUGUUUUUACAGGCCGAGGAUGUAUCCAUAUAUAUCAUCUUCAUUCAAACAAAUUGCCACUCAGGAAUUACAGAAGGCACAAAUGGAACUGAAGGCUGCCGAAAAUGCUGUGACUGAAGUAAAAGGCAGACUAAAACAACCUUCCUUGUCUGAAGAUAGUGAGGUAUUGAAUCAGGAAUAA